GCUGAAUGGGCGCUGGAAAUGGGUCCAAAUGUUGCUGUGCCCCGCCCAUCUCCUCACCCCUCCCACCCCUGAGGGCCUGAACCUGGCCUGAGCCAUAGCUCCAUCCAGCAAAGCGGCUUCUUGUGAUGAUGCAGAUGCUGGUUGAACUUGUGCUUGUCAGUUGUAACCAGGGACCAGUCAGCAUGGCAGAACGACCCUCCAGUUUCAGCUGGGUGAUCCAAGGAAAGCUGUGUGCUCUGGCGUUCCCCCAUCGGGCGGAAAACAUUAGAUGGUUGUACAAGGAAGGUGUUCGUCACCUGGUCUCCCUGACCUACAGACUGCCCCCUGUGGACAGCUGCCCAAACCUGAACAGUAUCCACAUGAAGAUUGAGGACUUCACUCCUCCCACUAUUGAACAGGUGGACCGCUUCAUCCACAUAGUGGAGAGCAACAGUAUCAUUGGAGAGGCUGUUGCAGUUCAUUGCCAGUGGGGCAGGGGGCGCACAGGUACCAUGAUUGCAUGCUACUUUGUCAAGACAAGGAAAAUCUCAGGACAAGAGGCCAUUGAGGAGAUCCGACGCAUCCGUCCAGGCUCAAUAGAAACCUAUGACCAAGAGAAGAUGGUGAUUCAGUAUUACCAACAGUUAAAGUCCAGAGGGGAGGUUUAGAUGUGCAUCUAACAUUACAUAAGCCAAUACAAUCAUGCCAACCCUUCAAAAUUCUACAAGUAAAGAAAUUAAAUACGUAAGAAUUCAAUGAGAAUGGGUAAAUGAAAGAGUUAUAUUUUCAUCUCAACUCGCUAAAUGUGCAAAUUGUUAGUUUCAAAGGUAACAGUUAUUCUUGCUAAAUAGGAAAUUCUCUAGUACUUAACCUCUAGUACCCAGCACUCCACGGUUGCCAAAUGGCGCCAAAUGUCUUAUCAAGGAAGGGACUAAGGGGACAAGGUUCAAGAAUUAGCUUCCAACUUGUCAGUAACAUUUGUUGCAUAACAAACUUUGCUCCUUUGUGUAAGAGAUUUGUGUUAAUAUUAAAAGGUACAGGAGGAGGCAGUGGAGUACGUCUUUCUCAAGCUAACAUAAAGACCACACCUUGCAAGUUCUACAAAACUACAAAGGUGAAGAAAAAAUCAAACAAAAAUGACCUUGGUUUAUUUGUUUUUACAAUGUUCAAUGCAUGGAACGCAUGGAAAUCAAUACAGAGGAAAACUGGUGCUUCUCUGAAAGCCUUGUUCUUUUGAAUUUUGCAUAGACCAUGUUGAUUUAGUUAUAUGGAUGACAUCUGCACAUACAUGUAUGCAUGC